AUGGUCGUCUAUCGCAACGUUCAAAAUACACAUCGCCCUACAAAAUCCUCCUUAACAUUGGUCAUCAAGGUUGGCACCUCGUCCAUCUGUGAUGAAAAAACACAUUAUCCUUUGCUUGGCAAUCUUUCAAGAAUCGUUGAGACCAUUCUCGACCUCAAGCGCAAGGGCCACCGAGUUGUUCUUGUCACCAGUGCUGCUGUUGGCACAGGUCUUCGGAGGCUAAACCUUGCCGAGAAACCACAGAACCUAGCAGCCAUACAGGUAAAGCAUGCUAUUGCCGCUGUUGGUCAAGGACGUUUGAUGAGCAUGUACGAUGAUCUCUUUGGCCAAUUCAAUCAGCCUGUGGCCCAAAUCUUGCUUACACGAAAUGAUUUGGCAGACCGGUCGCAAUAUCUCAACGCGGUCAAUUGUCUAGAACAGCUCCUUGAUAUGGGUGUUGUGCCCAUUGUAAAUGAAAAUGACACCAUCUCCGUUUCGGAAAUUAAAUUUGGUGACAAUGAUACCCUUUCUGCCAUCACAGCCGGCAUGGUCAAAGCCGACUACCUCUUUUUGAUGACUGAUGUUGAUUGCUUAUACACCGACAACCCACGUUCAAAUCCAAAUGCCAAGCCUAUUCUUGUAUGUGAUGACAUUGAUCGCCUUCGAGAGCAAGUUACGGUGACCUCACCGGGUUCAUCACUUGGUACGGGUGGCAUGGUUACCAAGCUUGUGGCUGCUGAUCUUGCUACCGCUGCCGGCGUUACCACUGUGAUUGCACGAGGAUCCACACCCGAAAACAUCCUACCCAUCAUUGAAGACUCUAACAACAAAAAGCCUCCACACACCCGUUUCCUUUCCAAAUCCAAACCUUUGAUGGAUCGCAAAUGGUGGAUUUUGCAUGGCCUUCAUACAGCGGGUACCAUUGUGGUCGAAUCCGAUGUUGCUGAAUCCAUAGCCAACAACAGCGGUGAUGCCUUGUUUGCCCAUUCGAUUGUCAAGGUGGAAGGCAACUUUGUUGAACAUCAAGCUGUCCGCUUAGUCGUACAACAGCCAUCAGAACAAGGCACCCCAGAAUUCGUUACACUCGCCAAGGGCAUUGUCAACUACUCAUCAGCGGAGAUUGGUCGAAUCAUGCACGCCAACGAAAGCAACAUCACUGAUGACCUCGGUUACAAGGACGCUGAUUGCAUCAUUCAUCGCGAUAAUAUGGCAAUGUCCGUAUGA